ACCCUUAGAUUCAACUCUGUUAAAAUGUCUGGCGCAUUGUCGCGAUUUUUGUUUAACAUUUUAACAGAUACCGGUCCUUUUAAAUAGAAAAUGUUCAAUUUGUCGAAUAUAGUGUAUUUUAAUUGGUAUACCAGCAUUUUAUCAUAGCUAUCAGAAAGUACCUGUAUUUUCAAUGCACUGUGAUUGUCAAGAAAGUGUGUCAUGAUGUAUAGAGAAAUAUUUGCUGUAUUAGUGAUAAUAUUGCUAGCUAUAACUACCGUUUGUAAAGCGGAAUGUCAGACUCGGCAAAUAUAUUGUUAUGAGUGUGACAGUUGGACAGAUAGGAGAUGCAAAGAUCCAUUCAAUUAUACGGCCCUGCCUCGGGACCAGCCGCCCCUGAUGACGUGCAACGGCUGCUGCGUAAAAAUGGUUAGAAACGCAAAAACCCCUUAUGAAGUCGUCCGUCGAACUUGUACGUCACAACUCCAAAUCAGCCUCUUCAUGGUAGACCACGUGUGCAUGAAUGAAAGUAACGGGAAUGGUCACAUGUGCUUUUGUGAGGAGGACAUGUGCAACACGGCUGUGUCCCCAACGGGCUUAUUCCAUACAAUCGCAUCAGUAGUGACCGCUGUAGUACUGCGCCUGCUCUGCUGCAUGAUUAGUUAGACGAAGUGUUGCUUCUGUUGAUCCUUCAUUACAUUAUAUCCAUACCUUACAGAACAGGUAUUGUGUACUGCAACCUUAUAGAGUAGGUUGGAUCCCACAACCAGGAUCGACUUGGUUAAUUUCUUGAUCCGAACGUCUGAACGCGAUCAAAGUAACCAAAAUGGUACAUUGACCAACAAAUGGAAUUUAAACAGAAAACGUUCAGAGAAAAAGAUUGCCAUAAAGAUAGAGGGCAUGCUUAAUUCUUUAAAUUUUAUCGAAUCAUCUAGUGAUAGAUAAUUCGACAUUUUACAUUCGGUUGAAUAACAAAGAACAUUGACAAAACGUUGCACUAACUGGCAAUUAAGGAACAAACAGUAACGUAGUUUCUUCAGCCAAAAAAGUACAACAUGCAAUUCAGCAGUCCGUUCUUAGAAAUGUUAACACUGUAGCAUAUCACUUAUCAACGUAAAACAAUAAAGGUUCAUAUCAUUGAUGUUCCUUACUCAAGUAAGAAAACACAUAUUUAUCAGUGUUUAAGUUCAAAUUUAAUGUAUUUUGCUCAAUGCAUGUGGCAGUAUAAUGCCCGAUCGAUAAUUCAGUGAGAUACUUUUGGUUUUAGAUGUCCUUUCAUAUUAGAAGUAUAUUACUUAUAGUUGGUUCGAUAGAAAUUAACUUCGCGGUAGGUUAUUAGGUUUAAAUUUAAUCCUUCGGAGUGAAGUACUGAUUUAAUCGUUGAGCCAAUAUCAAAAACUCAACAGCACCAAGAAAAUGCAUGAUGCUGUUUUGAUGAAUAGUUAUCGUUUUUUCUUUUAAAUGCGCUGUGAUCGUUAUACAGGGUAUCCGCAUAAGUCUUGUCGAAAUUUACAGAAUACACCCUAUAACCUGAGCUAAUAUUCGUCAUUCAUACAAAUAUGAUCUUUGCGACGUUUCUCUUGAAGUUAAUCGCUUUCGAAUCGAGCACCUUUUUAUAAAUAGAGUAUAAAAUAAUUUACUGUUAGAGGAAAUGCAAGCAAAAAUAACAACUGAAACUUUUCAACUUUCAACUUUUUGAAAACCCCACAUCCGAUUUUUAAAUUAAUUUAAUUCAUUCAUAAGCUAAGAGCUUUCUGUUUUUAUUAAUUUUUAUUGUCAGAGAUACAGUGUGCGACACUUGAUUACUCUCACCUAAUGAUUUUGAUUAAUUUUUAUUAAUGCUAUAACUGUUUAUUGAUUAGUAAGCUACAUCAAAGACUAGAUUAAAGAUUUUAACAAUAUUUACUUAAUAUUUUGCUUAACAUUUUCGUAUUAUACAAUCGAUUUUUUUUGUACCUAAUGCAAAUAUUGUAAUUUUUAAUGGGACACUUGAUUACUCUCAUAUUUUAGAAUUAACCUAGAACACAAGAUUUAAACCUAAUACUUAUUUCAAUAUCUGGUUUUUCCUCUCUGCUUCUCAAUGACUGUUAACAUUAGAUGGGACAAUGAUGAGUAAAUUUAUAUUUGAUUCACUGCAACUUCCUCCCAGGUUGCUCUCUAUUAUUAUUAUUCUCCAUUUAAACUUCUUCCUGCAGUAUGAAGGCGUUUGACUAACCAAGCGAAUCACUUUUCUAUAAUAUUUAGUCUGGGGAAAUAGCAGGCCAGUCCGGAACUGAAAUAUUACUCGGAGUCAGCAGAACGAUAGAAGUUUUGGAUUAUUUCAGCGGUGAUAGUUGGCACAUUUUCUUGGUGCAAUGUCCAUUCUGUUGGUGAGAAGAAAUGAAAGAGAAGAUAAUUUUGGAAAGAAAUCUGUUGGUGAGAGUAAUUAAGUGUCGCGGACUGUAUCUAACAAAACGUUUUAAAAUAUAUUUCUCUAAAUGCAUCAAAAUAUAUACGUGUUGAAUAUCGGAUUACCUUUGGAGUAGGCAUGGGUAACAAAGUGAAUUAUCAGAUGUUGGCGCAAUGAUACCGAUACGGCUUGUCGCGAGAGAACAACGUGCCAGCGCAAUUUAUGAUACAGUAAAGUCAUUAUACGAUAAAUAUGUAGGAAGAUCACAGAGGACUCUAUGCUACGUGAUGUGUAUUGGUGUCGUAUAGUCAUGCGUCAUGCGCCUUGCUUUUAAGCGCUUCAGCGUGCAACCUCUUUUUUGUGUUACUUGACACUGACUGAUGACACACGCCGGCUGCGUCGUUUUAAUGAAUAAAUGUAGCCGCAACAUAUUUUCUUCUUGUAAAGCUUAGUUGUCUCACCACCGAUUUUUCGAAGAAAAGAUCCCAACAUUUAGACGAUCUAAAAGUCGGAAAUCGUUGAAAUUACAUAAUUUCUAUUUGUGGUUAUUUCGUGUCAGUCCAUGAUAUUUUUAAUAUACGCUAAUGUUAUGAGUGAUAUAUAUUUAUAUUAUAUAUAUUUCCAGUAGUUGUAAUAUAACACACCUUUACGAGCUGGGAUAAAUAUUUAAAAUUUUCCAAUCCAAUUAAACCGAACAAUGUCAAUUCAUCAUUUCAAUUUAAAUAAUAAUUUUAUUUUGAAAUCACUAUUUUCCCUUGGGGAUUUUUAGUAGUAUUAACAUAUUGAUAUUACAUUUUUUAUUAAAUUCAAUAUUUUGGUAGAGCAUACGAUUAUUUUUUUAAAACGCUAAUGUUUGUACAUUAUAAUAUGUAAUAAUGAGGAUUUUAAAAUAAGAUAAAAUUUGGGGGAYUCUYUCUGUGGCUUCGAAAUUCCAUAGUUACACGCGCGUAUAAUUGCAUAACCUAACAUUACAUAACCUUACAUAAUCCCUGCUUUCACGAACUUGCAAUCCAAAGUCUGCCAUCUUGAAUGAGGUUAAAUGUUAAGUGUUAUUCAUGGUGGUGUUGCUCAGUGAGACGCAAGGUGUUAUUACACAUUGACACACAGAACGGUAUCAACACAAAAGUGUCCCACAACAUAGUGUUACCCAAGCCUAGUUUGGAGAAAAGCAUGAAAAUUAAUUCUUAACUUUUUUGACAACCCAUAUCAUUUUCAGCAAUAUUUCCUCUAAACUGGAGACAAACUGAAGGUGUCUCACGAAGUGUCUUAUUAACAAUACGUAACGAAUAAGGUUUUAAGCAAUGUUAAAAAUGUACAAAAGUACAAUCGAUUAUAAUGUGUGGUAUUUCAUUAAAUUAUUUAUCAUCAAAUUGAUUGAAGCUUUGCAUCUGUGUUUAAGGCAAUUAGUGAUACUUCUAAAAACAUUGAAACUUGAGCGUGAAACUUGCUUGGUAGUCCAAGGUACCAAACACGAGCUUGGUAACCGCAUUAAUAAAAAAAACUAAUAUAAUUCUACAUUUGGAGCGAUUGGCAUAGAUUGUGCCUUAAAAUGUGUUCGAAGAGGGACUGAAGUUAAAUAUGAAUUACUCGAUUUCGCAGAGAUUCACAUAGAAAAACUAGGGAAGUGGUUACGGCUUAAAUUUAACUAAUUCCGUUUCAGUAAAAAGUCGGCUUUGUAUGACUUUUCAAAAGCUCUUCACUACUAGAACAUUAAUAACAAGGAAAAUUUAACAUUUUUUAUGAAAAAAUAUAUAAUUUUUUGAACACUUAAUAAAAUAAAGCGAAAAAUGCUGUUAUUAAAUGAAAACACAGUGUGACUCAGUUUCUAACUCUAAGUUACUCUGGAAGUUUUGUUUUUGUCUGAUCAGCCAUCUAUGCAAAUCACCCAAUAUUUAAUGCACGUAAAGAGACUGAAAAUAGUUGUAAAGUUUUUGGUUUAAGAUCUAUCGGAUCAUCUUAUAUUCUUAAAGCUGCCUUAAGAUAAUGUAAUAUAUAUUUAAUUUGUUGUAAAAAAUCUGUAUCAGUACGUAGGUACCUAUGUGUAAUACCCACAUAUAAUUAUGUAAAUGUUAAGCCGUAUUACAAUUCUUGUUACAUGUAGGUACAUAGGUUUCAAACUACCACGUUGCUUAUCUUACCCCCACUCAUGUUCAUAUCAUCCAUUGAAAUAGAAAGCAAAGCAUGUUACUGCACGAUUUGCACUUAGCGUAGACUCAUUUCGAAUUUCCAUCAAACUGAAGAGAAUAAUUAAGACUUCGAAUAACAGUUAAUGGUAGUAAGCAGGUAAUAAAACCAAAACUCCAACAAAGCAAAAUAUGAGUAAUUAACUAAUGAACAUACGAACUGAACCUCGUACUGUUAUGCUGCGUCCAGACCUAAGGAGCCGAGUUCGAGCCAAGCCUGAUCCGCGGCAAAUUCCUUUGCUAUUUUAUUAGAACACCAACAGAAAAUCGAUAGUCUGUCGGACUUUAACAAAACAUCAAAAUUAUGUUGCCGCUGCUCAGGACAAUCAUCGCCGCAAGUCAAGACCCGACUGCUCUGACGUCACGAGGACCAUUUCGCUGUGAGAGUUUUUAUUUUAUUUCACGCGUUCACAUUCAAGUCCAGACUUUCAACGAUCUGAAGCAACAUACGCCCGUACAUUUCUUUGAUGCGACAGCAAAAGACCGACAACUCAUGAGGCGCUGCGAUGAUACGCUGUUACACUGUUACGCUGUUGCGGACUGUCAUCCAGACCUGAUACGCCGCAGUAUUACGCUUCUGUAUGCUGUUGCACGUAUGUACGCGCCUUUAUCUUAGUUAGGCAACAACUAAUGUUACGCGACGAUGUUGCGUUACUUACGAUCGAUUUCCUGUCGGUGUUUUAACAAAACUUCAAAAUAAUUUGCCGCGGGUCAGGCUCAGCCAGGGUCCGCUUGUGAAGUCUGGGCGCACCUUAACGUUUCCAGUGUCAAACGCGGAUUUAUGCAGUUGCUUUGACAGAAUUAAUCGAAAAGAAACCGGCUUCUACAGUUAUGCCAUUCGGCAAACUCUCUGCUAACGACACAGUUUAAACUUACUCGAAAAUAACCCACACGCAACAUUUAUAAUGAAAUAUAGCUAAAAUAAUUAUUCUAAUGUAUGUAUAUAAUGCAAAUAAUUUGUUAGAUUUUAAAAAUUUAUUAAAUAACAUGCUCUGGUUAAAUAAAUUUCAAAUCAAAGUUAAUUCAACAAGAAAUAAUUGAGUUAUAAGCCUAUCUCCGAACCUACAGUAAAUUUAGUGAUCUGUAAGCAUGCUAUGCUUGUUAGAAAUCAAUUUUCCAAAAAUAUGGCAUUUUAUCCAGGUUUCGCAUUACAUUACAGAUAUUUCGCCUACUGAAAGAUGGCAAGCUGUAGAUACUAGCAAUUGUACUGUUUAGGGCAGCAAAUCUUUGAGUGAGAUGAAAACUGUUGUUUGUCACUGCUUUUAGAUUUAAAUUUUGCGAUAAUCGAGUCCCAUUAAUAGUUCACAUUUGAUUGCUAUAUCAAUUUUGAUGCCAACGAUACAGUUAUUUAAGAUGAGGGCCCCUCACGAAAGCAUUACACCUUUGCUAGUUAUUUUUAUUAUGUGCACGCCCGAAAUGUUUGCUAAAAAUCAGCCUUUUUCUUGAUGAUAUGUUUUACUCAUCACGACAAAGGCUGGUGUGCCAAAAUUUCGGGAUUAUGUUUUACACAAUUUCCUUACAGGGCAAAGCUAGACUAAAUUGCAUUCCCGAUAGUAGAUAUAAGAAAGUAUUUUUGUUAUUAAGAGGCUUUAAUUGGGUGUUUUGUAAAAUAUGUUUAACAUCGUCCCAUAGUAUUGUUUGUAAUGGUAAUGUUCUAGGAGAAACUUAUCUGAUGAGUCACGGUUAAUAAGUGCUUGCCGUGCGAAAAUCAGUGAAAUCAUAGUUAAACAUUUCGGAUUAUUGUUAUACUGUAUUUAUCAGCCGAUUAAUAUUAAAGCGUUAGUAAUUAGUAAAUGGAGAUUAAAUGUAUAUUACAAUCGAAAGUUGUUGCGUUAAAAAGUCAUUUUAACUAGCUAAAAUUUUAAAUCCAUUGUUAUUAUGAACGUAUAUCUGUUACAUUGAAAAAACUGUAGAAUAAUAAAAAUCUAAACCGAUAGCUUGUGAUUGUGAAAUGUGAUUAUUGAUAAACGAUUAUCCAGUCCGACGACAGAGCAAAAACCAUAUAUUUUGUUAAUAAAUUUAUAUAAUUAACAAAGCUUGUGAGGGUCUUAAAUUCAUUUUUAAAAUAAAAGUUGGUUGCUAAUUUUUCGUAAUGCAAUAAUGCUGCUCGGUAAAACUACUCAUUUUACUCUAUCCUGUAUAAUACAAAAUAUAGUUAUCCAUACAAUUA